UAUAAUUAGAUCCACCACCAAGACUUGGGCAAGUCCUCUACGUUCAACCGAACAUAAUUUUUGGAACACUUGACUCAAAUGGAGCAAAAGCAUUUUGUAUUUGUCCACGGAGCUUGCCAUGGAGCUUGGAGCUGGUUCAAGAUCAAGCCCCUGCUCGAGGCUGCUGGCCACCGUGUAACGCUGCUGGACAUGGCUGCCUCGGGAAUCCACAGGAAGGUCAUCCAAGAUGUGCACUCCAUUGUAGACUACUCCGAGCCUUUGUUGAAGGCCAUGGCCUGUCUUCCUCCAAAUCAAAAGGUGAUAUUGGUGGGUCAUAGCCUUGGCGGCUUCAACUUGGCUGUGGCUAUGGAGAGGUUCCCGGACAAGAUAGCUGCCUCUGUUUUCGUGGCGGCCUUUGUCCCUGACACUAACCACAAGCCUUCCUAUGUCCUAGAUCAGUACAAUGAGCAAACCCCCCUGGAAGCUUGGCUAGACACUCAGUUUAGUCCUUAUGGAACCGAAGCUGAGCCUUCAACAUCAAUGUUUUUUGGACCCAAUUUCGUGGCCAAGAAGCUCUACCAACUCUCCCCUCCCGAGGAUUUAGCACUGGGGCUGAGUCUUCUGAGGCCAAGUUCAUUGUUCAUGCAAGACUUGUCAAAGGCAAACAAUUUCUCCAAGCAAAAAUAUGGAUCCGUGAAGAAAGUAUACAUCGUUUGUACUGAAGACAAAGGAAUCCCAGAGGAGUUCCAAAAGUGGAUGAUCCACAACGUUGGGAUUGAAAAUGUGAUGGAAAUAAACGGGUCUGAUCACAUGCCCAUGUUUUGCAAGCCUCGCCAGCUUCUCCACUGUCUCCUUCAGGUUGCUGUCAGCUGCGCCUAAUCCUGAUUUUACUUCCAACUCCUCUGAGAUAAACGAAACGGAAGGCAAUAAUAAUAAAUGUUCUAUAGUUCUGCAAGUUUCUCUAAAUGCUGGGUUUGGCAUGUUAUGAUAUGGAGUGCUUGGUUCAUUAUUGGGAAUGCGUGUCAACGUGUUUCUUUCAGUACCUAAAACUUGUUAUUACCAUACCUUUUAUAAUUCUGCACGUCUUCCUUAAUUUGGGGUUUGUGAUUUUAUGAUAUGAUCCAUGAUUGGGCAUGCGUGU